AUUGAGCAUGUCUGCUUGUAUUGGGACAUUUUCAAUCCCACUACAGGCUUUACAGUUUUGCUGACUGCACGAUGGUCAACCUUUGCUGCCUUUGCUGCGGUGAAAUCCCUCAACCCCGCCCCCCUCGGUCGGACCAGCCGGGACCACCGCGGGAUCCCCACUGCACUGUGCAGCUGCAGCCUGCCAGCAGUAACAACAGUGCGGGGCUGACGGGGAAGCCUAAAGGGGCAAAACAGAGAGAGGGAGAGAGAUAGAUAUAUAUGCACGAUGCAAGGACAAUCCAACAAAUAAAUACAAAGGGAGUGAUUGUGCACUUGCUGUCUGACAUGCAAGAAGUGCAGGAUGCUCUCCUCCGACCUGGACUCCGCGGAAGACACCGAGGCCAGUGUUCUCAAUGAUGCUGAGGAAGAGGAGCAGGAGGAGGACUCUCCGGCUGAGAGUGAUGUGGAGGAGCAACGCCCAGUCAAGCAGUCACUGGGAGCCUGCGUGUGCCGAGAGUCUCACUGGCGCUGCCUGCUGCUCUCCUUGCUCAUGUACAGCUGCCUGGGUGCCAUCAGCUGGUGCCAAGUGAGUCGGGUCACAAAGAUCAACUUCAACUCUGCCCUCACCUCUACCUUCUCGGCUUCCCUUUCCUCUUCAUUGCAAAGGAGCUCCGGAAUGGGACCUGGAGGCCACUCCAUGAUCUACCAUGACAGUCCCUGCUCUGACGGCUACAUCUACAUCCCCUUGGCUUUCCUGUUCAUGCUCUAUGUGUUGUACAUGGUGGAGUGCUGGCACUGCCGGGCCCGUAGCAAGCUGCAGUACAAAGCGGAUGUAGACAGCGUGUAUGAACGCGUGGUGCGCAUGCAGCAAGCUCAGCCUUGCAUUUGGUGGAAGGCCAUCAGCUACCACUUUGUGCGCAGAACGAGACAAAUCACCCGCUACCGCAACGGGGACGCUUACACCACCACGCAGGUGUACAACGAGAGAGUCAAUACACAUGUAGCUGAAGGAGAGUUUGACUACAGCCGCUGUGGCAUGAAGGAUGUGUCACGUGACCUCAGAGGGUUGGAAGAGCAUCCUGCAACCCGUCUGCAGUUCACCAAGUGUUUCAGCUUCACUGAGGCCGGCCCGGAGAAUGACUACCUCAAUCAGCGAGCGAGGUUCUUCUCAGAAAUUGAAGGUUUGGAUGACUACAUGGAGGCCAGGGAAGGCAUGCAGCUGAAGAACGUGGACUUCAGGGAGAACCUAAUAGCGUACGUACACCCAGAUAAGAUGCCCUGGUACACAUCUCAGGUGGCUUUCUGGCUGGCUGCUCUCUUCAUGCUCUCCUGGCCUCUGAGAGUCUUCAUAGAGUACCGUACUGCAUACGUGCACUAUCGCAUCGAGAAGCUAUUUGGGAUGGACUACACCUCCCCGUUAGAUGAAGACAGGAAUGUUAGCAGCGGCUGUGCUAUUCCCAGAGUUGACACGCUGGACAGCACGGAAUUGGAAUGGCACAUCCGCUGCAACCGCCAGGUGAUCCCCAGCUACUCCGAGGCCAUGCUGAUAAACAUGAGCACGGCUGACUCCGACUCUUUGCAUGACACUGAAUGCACCACAUCCUCCAACUGCUACCUUCUGGACAGCAGCCCCACCACCCAGAGCUACGGAGCGCUACAAAGUCAGUCGGAGCAAGUCAGCGAGAGGAGCGCACGGGAAGGUGGGCGCAGGAGGAUGAGGAGGAGGACCAUCACCAGCUCCAGCUGCUCCUCCCUUUUCUCCUGUCAGGGGGCACGCUUCCGCUCCCGCUUGUCCUCUGCCACAUCCCGCUUCUCUCUCUGCCGUAUGUAUGGCUCACGUCGCACGGUGGCUCUGUGGAGGAGCCGGAGUAGCAACAUGACGGACCCCUGCUGCAUGAACGAGCAGGGGGGACACUCAGACUCCAGUCAGCUGGCCCUCAGCGACAGUCCACCCAAUUACAGCGAUGCAAGGUUCUUUCCUGUUCUGAUAGUGCAUGGACAUGAUGGCUGCGGAGGCGAGAAUGGCGGAGAGGCGCAAAGUAGCCGCAUACGAAGAGGCUCGUCAUGUGUGGAGACGGCUCUGUGAAAUUUACUGGUGAGGCCAGGGGUGUCCAAACCUUUUUUUUUAACUGAGGACCGCCUAUUGGAAAAUGAAAGGACCCAGUAGGCCAUUUUUCAUAUUUGUCUAAAACCCAUCCACUAUGACCAAAAAUUAUACAUACAGGUGCAUCUCAAUAAAAUACAAUAUCUUUGAAAAGUUAAUUUCUUUUCAAUAGUAUAGCUUUCAGCUAAUAAAAACCCCAAAUUCAAAAUCUAAUAAAUAAAAAAUCUAUACCAUACCAUAGGUAUGAAUGUGAGUGUGGUUGUUUGUCUAUAUGUGCCCUGUGAUUGGCUGGCGACCACUCCAGGAUGUAUCCCGCCUCUCGCCCGAUGACAGCUCGGAUAGGCUCCAGUACCCCUGCGACCCUCUUGAGUGAACUUGAAAAUGAAUGAAUAAAUGAAUGUGUAAAAAACUGUCAGUAAGUUCCAUAUCAUAAACUACAUCACACGCCAAUCAGUUAAAAGACUGCAAAACCUUUCUGAGUUUUUAAUUGGUCUCUUAGCAUGAAUUAAACUCAAAUAACAUUUUCACAAUAUUUAAAUCCAUUGAGAUGCAUCUGCAUGUUAAAAAACAGCAUGCAUGCCAUUUUCUCAUUACGUUAUGCCUCUGCUAUUUUUGUUGUAUUUCUUUACUUGUAGGAUGUGCCACGGGCUAAUAAAAAAAUAAUUCCUAGACCACAAAUGGCCCCCUGCGCCACACUUUGGACACCCCUACCUACAGAAAUAAAUCUCUCAGUAAAUGCCACUGUAAAUAUGAAGUAUUAAAAUGUUUUCCUACCAAAACUGCUUCCUAUAAGGCCUGCUAACAUGUUGAUGGUGUCACACAAGGAUAUCUACAUAUAUGUCAUUUAGGCCUCCGUUAGCUUUGUUGUUGGCAACAGGCUACUUCCUGGUUCAUGGAGGUUAGCAGACCUUUAUUACCAGCGCCAUUAUAAUUUAGGGGCCUGGAUGGUUCCAUGGUUGCCAAAAUGUGAAAAUACACAUUGAUCCGGCUUCUCACCAAAAUUGAAUGGGUUCCAUGGAGACCAAUACAUCAGCCCUCUACCAAGUUGCGGAGUUUGAUAUUAUUUGCAUAAUCCUGUUAAAUGUAUCUGUCCUUUUAUAUGUUCUACUAUGUCAAAAUGAUUGCUGCGCAAAACGUAAUUCAAAUAACAUUAUCAGUUUUUGCAGUAUUAUUUCUAUUAGGAUGGGAGAAUGUCUGUCUGAAUGUUGUGAACUCCUGUUUCCAUGGCGGUGUUGCAUUGAGCAGAAUAAUGCAACCUGGAGGAGUUAUAGCAUUGAUGUAGCUCAGCUUCCCAUAGUUGAUGCCAUUCUGAUCUUUAUACAGCAAGUUAGUUGACCCUGGGAUUACACUGAAUAUUUAUCGUGAGAAUAUCUGCUCUUGCAAGAAACUGAAGUGGACGCUCGCCGCAGUCAUUGUGAGUGGCAUUUUGCGGCAAGCAGACCUGAAUCGGGACUGGAGCUACAACGGAUUCAGUGUGAUCCCGGCUUGAGACUGAAUCAACAAUGCUCUGCUGGUUGUUGCCAAGUAGUACAUCCUUCGGUCCUAAGACUUUUGCACUGUACUGUACCUGUACUGUACUUUUUGAAUCAGAUGUCAUUCUAUAUUUGACCACAUAUGUGUGUGUUAUUUUGCCCGAUUAAUCUAGUUAAAUUGUUACUAAUUGUCCAAGAACAGGAAAGGGCUGCACAUUUUUAGUAAAGGUAUUAUUUUUCAAGAAGAGAAAACACAUUUAAGAUGGGUCCUUUCUCCCUUCUAAACAGAAACGAGAGAUCAUGUGAAGUGAACUAUAA